AUGCACGAUUGUGGCGUCCCUGAAAUCUUGCGGGACUUCUCCUUGACGCCAAAUCUCCUAGAAGAGCGCUGUCAGAUGGUCUAUGAGUUGGGAGCAACCGUGCUUGUAGAUCUCAGCAGGGCUGACGUCCGAUCCAAGCGCUUUCCCGCUGGAGAGCUCCUGCAUGGUCCUGAUGGUUUCGUGGAGGGAGGGCAGGAGGUCGAGGUCUACGUUGGUCUCCACUUGCGGCAGACGGGCGAUGGCGGCGUCGGAGAUUAUGGAGGGACGAUUGAGGACUCCUCGGAAGUGCUCGGCCCAUUGCUGUAG